AUGGUCAGACGUAAUCUCGUGGGUUUUGCAGCCCAAGCUAUCGGCGCCAUGGCAACGCUUGCCGACAGCCAGGCGGGCUUCCAGCAGUAUUGCGAGUUUUUCAAUGCCAGCACCUCUUCAAUUUACGGCGUCUCUUUUGCUUCAACCUACAUCCCUGCCGGAACCGAACUUCAGCUUAACGAAGUAGACGCUACGUGUGGCAUUUUCACCCAGGCCGUUACCUACCUCGAAUCGCUCUGGAUUCUGGUUCAGGCCUGGCUGCCUGAAGACUGGAGCGGUCGCUUCCUCGCAACUGGCAACGGCGGUCUUGGCGGCUGCAUCCAGUACUAUGAUGUGGAGUAUGGUGCUUCUCUCGGAUUCGCAACCAUCGCAACCAACAACGGACACCAAGGAUACACUGGAGCCCCUUUUCUUCACAACCUCGACGUUAUCCAGGACUUUGCUUACCGAUCCAUCGAGAAGGGCGUCUCUAUCGGCAAACAAGUCGUCCAAGAAUUCUAUGGCAGGUCCCACACUAAGAGCUAUUAUCUUGGAUGCUCUACUGGUGGACGUCAAGGAUUGAAGGCAGUCCAGUCUUUCCCCGACCUAUUCGAUGGUGUCGUAGUUGGAGCGCCUGCUAUUGCAUGGAAUAAUCUUACAUCGUGGGCUACUCGGUUUUACCCCCUUCUUGGGACAACGGAGUCUGCAACGUUCAUUCCUCUGGACAUGUGGCCAGUCAUCCACCAGGAUAUCUUGGACCAGUGCGAUACGCUUGAUGGCGUUGCAGACGGCAUCCUGGAGUCGCCCAAUCUCUGUGACUACAACCCCGAAGGUCUUUUAUGUACUGAGGGCGACGGCCAAGCAAGCGAGUGCCUGACUGCUACGCAAUUGGAAACCCUGAAGAGCAUUUACACGCCAGUUUUGGACGCGGCUGGCAGUCUCGUAUACCCGAAGAUGCAGCUUGGAUCCGAGUUUACUGGAGCUGUCGACAGUUACUUUUCUGGAGCAGUCUCGCCAGUGUCGGACUGGUGGCGUUAUGCUAUUUUCAACGACUCAGCCUGGGAUCCUAUUACCUUCAGACCAGAAAACUACACCGUUGCGUCGGGCCUCAACCAUUUCAAUAUUGACACCUGGGAAGGUGACUUGCGAGCAUUUCAGAGCCGCGGCGGCAAACUUCUUCAUUGGCACGGUUUGGCAGAUGGUGUUCUCUCGAGUGAGAAUUCCCCCAGAUACUACGAACACGUUUCGCAAACUAUGGGCAUGAAUUCGGGUGCCCUCGAUACAUUCUACCGCUAUUUCCGCGUUUCUGGCAUGUCUCAUUGUGGCAGUGGCAAUGGUGCAACUUUUAUCGGCCACCAGUCAGCAACCACCGCUAGUCUGGCUCCGGAGGAAAAUGUGCUGAUGGCGGUUGUGCAAUGGGUUGAGAAUGAGGUAGCCCCUGAAACCAUUACGGGCACCAGGUACAUCAACGGGAGCAAGGAUAAUGGUGUCGACUUCCAACGCAGGCAUUGCAGAUGGCCUUACAAUAAUGUAUAUCAGGGUAUUGGUGACUAUAAAGAUCCUAACACUUGGAAGUGUGUAUUAUAA